GUGGUGGCCGGGCCGCCGAUGUGCCUCGGGCGGGCUGGAAAGAGGGAGCGGUAGCCGAAGAAGGCGACGGCAACAGGAUCGGCGGCCGCGCGGGCGCAUCUUCCGCGUCCCAGGCCUCAUUUGUUUCCUGGCUGGGAUUCAAGCACAAGGAGGAAACAAGCUGGAUAAGCAUCGUCUGGAUGUGACAAUUGUGCGCUGGUUCUUAAAUGCAUCAGAAAGGUGACCCUUUGGGGAGUCCUGGCGAGGCCUCAGCAUGUACUGGUGUGUGGGAACAGAAGACUCUCUGGAGGACAGUAAAAGCAAUAUGGCGGCACCCGAAGAUCCGGCAGACAUGGGCAGCCGGCAGUCCUCAGCGGGCGAUCUCUCCAUCAGCCAGUCUCCUACAACCGACACAGUUCAGGGUGCAUACAGGAGCGGAGAAUUUCCAAAAGCCCGAGAGCUGAUUAAGACAGCCUGUCAAGAUAACAUCUCCCAAGUAGAAAAGGGCCAUCUCCUAAGUCUUUCUGCUGCCUACGGGGAUCUGGCGACGGUGAAGUACUUGUUGAAAGAAGUCUGUGUGUUGGUGCCCCUCGAACCCAACGAUGACAACCCAGCUGUCGUGGCAGCAUAUUUUGGCCACAAGGAUGUGGCCCAAGAGCUUCUGGAUUGUGUCCUUGGUCCUUCAAAUUCGGUGCGCCUUCUGAACUGGAUGCUCGCUGUUGCCUGCCAGCAAGGUCACCUCGAGAUGGUCAAGCUGCUGGUCCUGACGUACAAAGCAGACCUGGACAGCUGUGCUGUGAGAAACAAUGAGUUCCCUGCUCUUAUCCGAUUGCCACUCUAUGCAGCGAUUAAAGCAGGACACGAGGAAGUCGCUGCUUUCUUGCUUGCAAACGGCUCCUCUUUCUGUUCCUACAUUUUGAUGGACUGCCCUGCCGCCAGCAAGCAACUUCUUCGCAAAUAUUUUGUCGAAGCAGCUGCCUUACCCAGAAGCGCCCCGGGAAACACGGUUCUUCUUGUGAAUUGGUCAAACCUCAGGCUUCCUUGGGUGGAUCUCGAUUGGCUGAUAGAUAUUUCUCACCGGAUCACCGAGCUUGACCUCUCAGCCAAUUGCUUGACCUCUCUCCCUUCUGUUAUCCCGUGGGGUUUGAUAAGCCUCCAGAAACUGAACCUCAGUGAGAACCAGUUAAAUGAACUGCCUGACAUUCCUUCUUCAGAUGGCAUUCUCUGCACAAAAUUGCUUGAGAUUGAUGUCUCCGGCAACAAAUUCCUUAGCCUUCCUUAUGGAUUCUUGCACCUCACCAAGCUUCAGAGGCUUCUGGCUGCCAAAAAUUACUUGGAAAAGUUAUUUGACGAGGAGAAUGCUGUCAACUGGAUUGGCUUAAGGAAGCUACAGGAACUGGAUGUCUCUGAGAACCAGCUGCCGGAAGUCUCCACGCACUUUUUCCAUUGUCUGAAGUCGCUUAACAUCCUUAAUGUGUCCAAGAAUAAGUUGAAGGUGUUCCCUCAGCCGUGGGCCUGUCCCUUGAAAUACUGCAAAGCAGCUAGAAAUAUGUUGGAAUCUCUGCCUGACACUUUGGCAGUGUUUUGGAAAAAUCACCUCAAGGAAGUGGACUUUUCUGAAAACUGCUUGAAGGAAGUUCCCCCUGGUCUCUUCCAGCUUGAAGCUUUGGUGGCCCUUAAACUCUCGGGAAACCAGAUAGCCACGUUACCGUCGCAAGAGAAAUGGAGCUGCAGACAACUGAAGUCUUUGGAUCUCUCCAAGAACCUGCUUGGAAAAGUCGACGAAGGAGCCAAAACGAAGCGGAUCUCGUUUUUCACCACAAGGAGCAGAGGACAGACCGGUGGGGAAACAGGUUCCACUUUGGAGUUCCCUGAAUACUUGAGCGAGUCUCUCGAGGUUCUGUAUCUGAACGACAACCAGUUGGACGCCAUCCCCCGGUCGGUCUGUCUUCUCAAAGGAUUAACAGAGCUUUACUUAGGAAACAACACCGGUAUUCAUGAGCUUCCUCCCGAACUCGGACAACUGUCUAAUCUUUGGCAGCUGGACAUUGAGGAGCUAAAUAUUGGCAGCCUUCCCGCCGAGAUCAGAAAAGAGGGCCCCAAGACCAUUUUAGCUUACUUGCGCGCCCAGCUGCGCAAGGCGGAAAAAUGCAACCUCAUGAAAAUGAUUGUGGUGGGCCCGCCACGGCAGGGCAAAUCCACGCUGAUCGAGGUCCUGCAGAUAGGAAAAGCUUCCCUCUCGGGACCCAACGACGCCACCAUCCGGACCACCAAGUGGGAGCUUCCAAAAUUGGCUGGAUUCAAAUCAAAGAUGGAUUCAGUAGAAUUUAACGUCUGGGAUAUUGGAGGCCCCGCCAGCAUGUCGACAGUCAACCAGUGUUUCUUCACAGAUAAAGCAUUGUACGUUGUUGUCUGGAACUUGGCACUGGGCGAAGAAGCUGUUGCUAAUCUUCAGUUUUGGUUGCUGAAUAUUGAGGCCAAAGCACCAAAUUCUGUCGUCCUGGUGGUUGGGACCCACCUUGACUUGAUCGACACCAAGUUCCGUACCGAGAGGAUUGCCACCUUGAGAGCCUACGUCCUAGCCAUCUGUCGCUCUCCUUCAGGUUCAAGAGCCACUGGCUUCCCAGAUAUCACCAUGAAACAUUUGCACGAACUCUCGUGUAAAACCCUAGAAGGUUUGGACGGGCUGCGGCAGCUGAUUUACCAUGUCGCUUCUAAUGUGAAAGAUGCAGGAAGUUCCAUUGGCCCCCAGAGGCUUGUUGGGAGAUUGAUACCAAGAAGUUACUUGAGCCUCCAAGCCUCCAUCAUAGCUGAGCAACAGAGAAGAAGCCAGAUUGACGACGUCCAGUAUCUGACAGACAGCGAGAUAGAGCAGAUCAUAGAGAGAACUCCAGGCAAUGACAUCAAGGACUACGAAGACCUGCAGUCUGCCAUCAGUUUCCUGAUAGAGACCGGCACUCUGCUGCACUUCCCAGAUACAAGCCACGGCCUAAGAAACCUCUACUUCCUCGACCCCGUUUGGUUGUCGGAGUGUCUGCAGAGAAUCUUCAACAUCAAAAGCUCAAAGUCGGUGGCGAAGAACGGCGUGAUCAAGGCUGAGGACCUCCGGAUGCUGCUGGUUGGGACAGGGUUCACCCAGCAGACAGAGGAACAAUAUUUCCAAUUCCUUGCCAAGUUUGAAAUAGCUUUGCCGGUGGCCAACAACAGCUACCUUCUGCCCCAUUUGCUUCCCGCCAAGCCAGCUCUUGACAUCCAUGACUUACGCCACCAGACGACAAACACCAUCCAGAGGGUAUUCAAGAUGAGCUUCGUCCCCGUUGGCUUUUGGCAACGAUUUAUAGCCCGGAUGCUCAUUAGUCUGGCGGAAAUGGACGUCCAGUUCUUUGAAAACAAGAAGAAUGCCAAGAGCAGGAACCGACGAGCCGUCAUCUACAGCUUCACGGGUACGCAGCGGAACCGAUGCAGCACGUUCCGGGUUAAAAGAAACCACACCGUUUAUUGGCAAGAAGGCUUGUUUGUCACCUUCGAUGGAGGCUACCUGAGCGUAGAGUCUUCCGACGUCAACUGGAAGAAGAAGAAAAGUGGUGGCAUUAAAAUUAUCUGCCAGUCGGACGUGAGGGAUUUUUCAGCGAUGGCAUUUAUCACCGACCACGUCAAUUCUCUGAUUGAUCAGUGGUUUCCUGCGCUCACAGCCACCGAGAGCGACGGUACUCUGUUGAUGGAGCAGUACGUCCCUUGCCCGGUCUGCUCAACCCCAAAAAUGCAGAAAGGGAAAGAUGGCCAGAAAACAGAAGACCUUCAGUACUUCAACCUGGAGGAUUGCGUCCUCACUGCUAUUGAGCUGGACAGUAUCACUUGUGCUCACCACCCUGACAUACCUGUGCCUUUACAGGAGCUGGUUCCUGAGCUAUUCAUGACCGAUUUUCCGGCCAGAUUAUUUUUGGAUAACAGCAAACUGGAAUACACUGAAAAUGAAAACAAUGUCCUCGGCCAAGGGGGCAGUGGAACGGUUAUAUAUCAGGCACAAUAUCAAGGAAAACUGGUGGCUGUGAAGCGAUUUCACAUAAAAAAAUGCAAGAGCUCGGCUUGUUCAGCGACGGACACGAUGCUGAGGCACCUGCGGGCCAUGGAUGCCAUGAAGAACUUCUCCGAGUUCCGGCAGGAGGCCAGCAUGCUCCACUCCCUGCAGCAUCCGUGCAUCGUCUCCUUGAUCGGGAUUAGCAUCCACCCGCUCUGCUUCGCCUUGGAGCUGGCUCCUUUGGGGAGCCUCACGACGGUGCUUUCGGAGAACUCCAAAGGGGCGUCUUUCGUUCCGCUAGGACCCAUGUUGACCCUGAAGAUGGCCUACCAGAUAGUAGCUGGGCUGGCUUACCUCCAUAAGAAGAGCAUCAUCUUCUGUGACCUCAAAUCAGACAAUAUCCUAGUGUGGUCCCUAGAUGUGAAGGAGAGCAUCAAUAUCAAGUUGUCGGACUACGGGAUUUCUCGGCAGUCCUUUCACGAAGGAGCGCUGGGAGUGGAAGGCACGCCUGGCUACCAAGCCCCAGAGAUUCGGCCUCGCAUCGUCUAUGAUGAAAAGGUUGACAUGUUUUCCUAUGGAAUGGUCCUCUAUGAGCUGAUGUCGGGUCAGCGCCCGGUGCUUGGACAACACCAACUUCAGAUCUCCAAGAAGCUUUCCAAAGGGAUCCGGCCUGUUCUGGGUCAGCCGGAAGAGGUGCAGUUCCAUCGAAUGCAGGACCUCAUGAGGGAAUGUUGGGACACAAAGCCGGAGAAGCGGCCUCUGGCUUCCUCCGUGGUACGGCGGAUGAAAGACCCAACUUUUGCUACCUUCAUGUACCUGCUACCGUGUGGGAAACAAUCAUCCUUCUUCGGGUCUCAAGGGCAGGAGUACACUGUGGUAUUCUGGGAUGGGAAGGAAGACACCAGAAAUUACACGGUCGUGAAUACCGAGAAAGGACUCGUCGAAGUUUCGAGGAUGAGCUGCCCCGGAAUGAAGCUGUGCUGCCAGAUGAAAGUCCAGAGCUCCCUAUGGACGGCCACGGAGGACCAGAAGAUUUAUGUUUACAGUUUACAAGGCAUGUGUCCUCUGAAGGUUCCUCAAAAAGGUGUAGACACACCAUCGGUGGUGACUUGUUUUCUUGCUGUACCUAUUGUGAAAAAGAACUCCUAUACGGUGUUAGCUGGUUUAUCCGAUGGGCUUAUUGCUGCGUUCAAAGAGUCACGGGGGGUCCCUGAGGACAGCUGUUCUUACCUCUGCUCCCACACCGCCAAUCGCACCAAGUUCCAGAUUGGUGAUGACGAUCCGCGCCAGAACCCUUACCCCGUGAGAGCAAUGGAGAUCGCCAACCACGGGGCCGAAGUCUGGUACAGCAAUGGCCCGGGUGUCCUCAUCAUUGACUGCGCGGCCAUGGACAUCACCAGGCGGUUGGAGCCCUAUAGUCCCCCUUCCACUGUGGUGUCGAUCGUGUGCAGCUCCGACUGCAACGGGGAGGAGGUGGCCUGGUGUUUAGACGAUACAAGCAACUUCCUGGUGAUGUAUUACACCUCCACCUACCAGCUCUGUGCACGCUACUUCUGUGGGGACCGCAGUCCCUUGAGGGACAUGUUCCCCAUUCAGCACGCCUCGCCCUUGAUCCCCACUGCCUUGGCUGCAGACGGGAGCCUGACUCCGGAAACCAGCUCCUCGUUGGAUGUCAGCAUCUUGAAAAGCCAAGAGCUGGGCAUUCAGAUAAUAAACCACCAGGACUCCGUGACCGACUACUGUUCCGUGUCUUCGUGCUCCUUAUCUGCCAACCAGAUGACGAGGUCCUCCUUGAGUCUGUCCAACUCCCCUACCAGUUUCUCCAGUGUGCCUUUCUCGACAGACUGUGAGGAGCUUGACAAACUUCAAGAGCUGAACCCUCUUUCCGAGAAACCGGAAAGUGGUGCCGUAUCAGCCGGCGAUGAUCUUGGGGGUCUCCAGGCUGUGAGAAUCCUCCCUGUGAAGGACCUCCUGUGGAUUCCCAGAGGUGGCGGAGAUAUUAUAGUCCUCGGCUUGGAGAAAGAAGCCAAUUCUCAGCGGGGAAGAGUCAUUGCUGUCUUGAAGGCUGCAGAACUGGCCUCCUACGGGUCACUGGUGGAUGCCGCCGUCCUGGCCAGGGGCACCGUGGCCUGUUGCUUUAAGACGGAGGCCGCAGAAUGCUGCCUGGCCGUCUGGCGGAGCUGGGGUGCCAAAGAUUUUGACCUUUUCUACCAAUCCUACGAAGAACUGGGGAGGCUGGAAGCCUGCAUGCGAAAAAGGAGGUAGUGUUGGCGAAACAGAGACAAAAAGCUGGAUGGGCCGUGGUGGAAAACUGACACUCUCUCGUGCUGCGCAAAAUGUCCAGGUUGGAAUCUUUGAAGAAGAGUCGGAUGGUUCUGCUCUUCCGUGUUGCUGCUAAAAAGACAUUCCGGGAUAGAAGCUGCCCCCUAUUGCAGUGGGUGUCCCUUCUCUAGCCAUGGGCUGGUCCAAGAGAAGGCAAUCUGCAUCAUGAGGCUAAAUGUUUGCAUGGGUCUUGCCUUCCUCUGGCCACUGACACCUCUGCAAAGUCCAUGUUAUGCUGUUUUGUUUUGCUAACGUGGUCUUCCAACACAGAUGAUCCAGAAAUCUCAUGUGCUGCAUCCCUGUAGUCCUGCAUCCCGUAGCAAUAAGCCCUUGCAUUGGGCGAACGUACGACAGGCCAGCUCUGAGUAAAACUAUCAAUAGGAACAAGGCGGUGGAAAGAUGCAUCUAUAGGGCUGUGUGGCUUGGAUGAACUGGGCUUUCAUGACAUCCAUUCUCAAUAAAAUUCUUUCAGGGAUAAUCUGUGCUUCUCACUGGUGUUCUUUUUGCUUCCUGCAUCUGCCAUUAGCAACACCAUGAUUUCGCAGAAUAUGAAGUUAUCUGCAGACGUACAGAUUGUCCCUGAAGGUCAUCUGUAAAUAAAUAAAUAAAUCCUCUUAGCUCA